UCUGAUUAUUGCCACAUUUUGUUGAAAUGCGGAAUACGAGCCACGAGAAGGCGCUGAAAGUAUUGUAUCAUUAAUGUGCUGAAAAAGCUUUGGAAAGCUAGAGGUGACGAUUCUGUCCCUUUCGGAGGGAAAGAAGAGCUAUAUUCUUGUAAAUGAAGUCCGAAGAGAUGUUUUUAUCGAAGAUAUUCAGAUACUCAUCCGGUUCUCAGGUGGCACGCAAGAGGAAAUAAUUAUCCCACCACGGUUCAUGAAUUUGUGUACUGUUUGUUCUAAAGAUCAGCCUCGCACCUUGCACUCGAUCAAUAACAUUGUGGAGAGGUUUUGACGAGGUUAAUUCAGCUUGCAGUUGUACUUUCGAUCAUCACAGAUUACUCUGCAAGGGUUUUAUGACGCAGUAUAGAUGGCUGCCAUCAUGCAAAUGACUUGUUUCAUUCUGGUGCUCUUUUGUAUUCUUCUAGAGUCAAAAGCUUCAAAUUUCAGCAAGCGACACGAGUUUUUUGACGUCAUCCUAAAUGAAGACUACGAUCCUAGAAUCCCUCCAAUGCACGACGGAAACCCAGUUUUGAACACCAUACAAUUGUACAUACUUGGAAUUGACUCAAUCAGCGACAGUACAAUGGAUUUUAAGAUGAGUUUCUUCCUCCGACAAAGAUGGUAUGACGACAGACUGGCAUAUGCAGAACGGUUUAACUUCUCUAAGGUUGAGUUAGAUAACAGAGUAAUGUCCAAGGUGUGGAUCCCAGACCUGUACAUCAAGAACGAGAAAAAGUCCGAGGUUCAUGCAGUGACGGUACCCAAUAAACUUAUGCAUCUGUACCCUGAUGGUCUGGUCGUAUAUAGUAUGAGGGUAACAGGAACUUUUUCUUGUCAAAUGUAUCUACAAAAGUACCCAUUAGAUCAACAGACAUGUUCUAUGCAGAUGGAAAGUUUUGGUUAUAGUACCGACACGCUAACAUUUCAAUGGAACGAUGUUCCGUUGUUAACUAAACCAAACCUUACCUUGCCGCAAUUCAGCAUAGGGCACGUUACCAAUCACACUUGUGAUAUCACAUACUCAAAUGGUAAUUCCACUGUCACAUUCACAUGUUUGGGUAUCGACAUUGAAAUGAGCCGUAGCUAUGGAUACUACAUAAUCCAAGUGUAUGUUCCAAGUUUUCUUAUUGUCUGCCUGUCUUGGGUUUCAUUCUGGUUAAACAUAGACGCUGUUCCAGCUCGAAUUUCCUUAGGAUUGUUGACUGUUCUCACCAUGACUACCCAGAGUUCAGGGGCACGUGCCACUCUUCCUCGUGUGUCCUACAUAAAAGCUAUAGACGUCUGGAUGGCAACAUGUCUUCUAUUUGUGUUCAUUGCUUUGAUCGAAUUUUCUAUUGUUAAUGUCAAAGCGAGGGUUCAACAACGCAGAUUAUCUUUGAAUAAACUACCACUACUUAUACACAAUAAGGAAGAGGCUAACGUAGAAAAUCCUGAAAUAACAAAGAAAAGUCGAGACAAUGCAAGAAGAGUUGACAAAAUUUCUCGAAUACUUUUCCCCACUGCUUUCUUUGGUUUUAACAUCAUAUACUGGACUGUUUAUGUCCUCUGGAUUCCAGAGAACCAGUUGCAUAAUUGAUAAUAGACAUAACUUCUAUUUACAUUCUGUUAAGUUUUUAUCACCUUCCAUAUUUUUUAGCACUGUUCUUUCUUUGUUUAUUUAGAUUUUUCGAGCUUGAGAUAUAUCCUGUAUAUUCGUUAAAUGAGUGUUAAUAAGUGAUUAAUAUUAAAAAAUAAAUACAGACAUUUGUAUAUUAGUUUUUCGUUAAAACUUGGAAUUAUUAUAAUUAUGUCAUUCCUCAUUUCCAAAGAAUUUUUGACGAUAUCUUACACAAAAUAUUUUAGUACUUGUUUGACUGGUCCGCGUACGGUAUUUCUUUUAAUUAAAAAACUAACACAAAAAUGCAAAUUUCUCCAUUUUUCCAAACUGACAGUAAUAAGAAGAUAAACAAUAAUAAAUACAACAUCUACUGGAAAGUUGCAUGAUAAAUAUGCAUUUAAUAUACAUAAAAUAAUUAAAGAUUCCGUAUGCAUGCCCAUUAACGGAAGGCGGGCUAUCAUAACGGUAACCCUGCACAUUGCCAAACAAUACCAAGUAACCUUAUAUGCAGCAUCAAACACUAUUUUUUAGUUACAUCCAAUUCAAAGAUUUAAGAAAAAACAACUUACAUAUUCUUGAUUUCUGACUCCGAUUUCUCGUCUCCGACGUCAGAGUAAAGACUAAGAAACAUUGUUGUUCUAAAUUACCAUAGCUCUCUUUUUAUUAUCUUAGGUCUGAUUCUAGUGACCUACUUUUGCCUGACCUUUGUCGUCUGUUAACGUUUGAAGUUUUUCAGCUUCUUCUUUAAACAACUAAGGUAUUCAUGACCAAAGGAGAUGAGGAAUUAGAAAGCGUUAAUGCUCAUUUGGUUUAGUCGUAAAAUACACUUUUAAAUUUAAAAUUUUCCAAUUAAAUAUAUUCGAUAAUGUUUUUAAACAACUUUGCAAAAAUUUUUUAGCUUUAAUAAGUUUUGAAUAUUUUAACAAACGAAAAGAAAAGCAAAUGCCUGAAACCCUGGUGGUAUCAAACCCACAACCUUAAAAAGACUAGUAUUAUAGGGUUACCCAAUGUCUGAUUCUUUAAUGACUGAUUCAGUCACAACAAAGUGCGUUCUUUAAUUGCUAUAUGCGACUUUUGCCACUACUUUACGGACAGAUAAUAUUUUUCUAAAACGUUUACUUUAUUUAGACUGCACAAAAAUAUGGAGCACAGACCGACUUUAAAAAAAGAAAAUGCAUUUAAGUUUUAAACAAAUGAAUGAAAGCAUACGUCAGUUUAUAUCAACAAAUUCCAAGUAUUAAACAUACAUGUAUUUAUAGUUAUGUUGAAUAUACAUUGUUCUGAAUGAUUAAAAAAUAUCAUUCUUGUUGACAUUUUAAAUUUUCAGUAUCUUAUCCGUCCUUGUGUAAGUAAUUUACACGCCUAUCCACCCAACUUCCUUUGUGUGUAGCAUGUGUAGGAAAACACGAAUUGUGAGAACUCGUUAUCCUAAACCUUUACCUUUACAUUGUGGUAUAAAAUGAUGUAAUUUAAUUUUUCAUCUUUGCUAUUAACUUGUGUUAUGCAUUUGUAAUG